AAUAAGCUUCUAUCCCUGUGUGGCUGGGAAGAGAAUGAGAGAGCACGAGGUGGAAAGUGAUUAAAGAGAAACAUUCAGCACCUGUUCAAGAAAACAAGCAUUCAGGGUACAUAUAAGAGAGAAUUCUUCCUCGCUGGUGCUUGGUCCACCUUAUAUGGAUUACUGUGUUUAAAAAGCUGAACAACCACUAGAUGCCAGCAUAGAGAUACAGAAAAUAUUCUUUGCCAGUUUAUAGUAGUCAUCCGGAAGUUUCAGAGUAGAUGUGGCAGAUACAGAUGCCUGGAAUAAAUAACCAAACAAAAUCCACAUAAGUGCCAAUCUAGACGGUUAUGGAGGUGCAGAUGACAGACUCAAUAAUUCCUCUGUAGAACUGUAUCAACAACUCCUUGGGCAACCUGAGCUUCCUCUUAUUAUCCAGUUUAUUUUGAAGAUUGACUUUGCUACUUGGUGCAUUAAGCAUGAAUUAUUCACGAUUCAUUACUGCAGUAAGUGCAGCAAGGAAAGCAUCUCCAAUAAGAGUCCUCACUGAAUUGAUGCAGCAAUCUCCCACAUCGUUAAUUUCUCUGGCUGGAGGAGCACCAAAUUCCAACACAUUUCCUUUCAAAAGUGCUACCAUUAUCAUUAAAGAUGAAACAAGAGUUGAAAUCAAGGAAGAGCUGAUGAGGAGAGCUCUCCAGUAUUCUGCUUCAGCGGGCAUUCCAGAACUGUUGUCCUGGUUGAAGGAUAUGCAGAAGACUAUUCAUAACCCUCCAACGGUUGACUACAGUCCUCAGGAAGGACAAAUGGAAAUGUGUAUCACUACUGGAAGCCAAGAAGGGCUAUGUAAAGUGUUUGAAAUGCUUAUUAAUCCUGGAGAUAACAUUCUUUUGGAUGCCCCAACUUAUCCUGGGACAUUAGCUGCUCUUAGACCGCUAGGUUGUAACAUCAUAAAUGUGCCCAGUGACCAGCAUGGUAUGAUUCCAAAAGCUUUGAAAGAAGUUCUUUCCAGGUGGAAUCCCGAAGAUGUAAAAAAGCUCAAGAAUGAUACCCCAAAAUUUCUAUAUACAAUUCCUAAUGGUGGCAAUCCAACAGGAGCCUCAUUGACAACAGAACGCAAGAAAGAGAUCUAUCAGCUUGCAAGACAGUAUGAUUUCCUUAUAAUAGAAGAUGAUCCAUAUUAUUUCCUUCAAUUUAACAAGCCUUGGGCACCAACUUUUCUUUCAAUGGACAUAGAUGGGAGAGUAAUCAGGACUGACUCCUUUUCUAAGAUCCUGUCAUCCGGGCUACGAAUUGGAUUUCUAACUGGUCCCAAGCCAUUAAUUGAUAGAGUUAUUCUACAUAUACAGGUUUCCACAAUGCACACCAGUACCUUCACCCAACUUAUAAUAGCCCAGCUUCUUCAACAAUGGGGACUGAAGGGUUUCCUGGACCACAUAGACAGUGUGGUGGAUUUUUAUAAACAACAGCGAGAUGUGAUGCUUAAUGCAGCAGACAAAUGGCUAAAAGGUCUGGCAGACUGGCAUGUCCCUGCUGCUGGGAUGUUUCUAUGGAUUAAGAUUAAGGGAGUUCCUGAUACCCAAGAACUGAUCAUGAAAAAAGCUUUGGAGAAACAGGUGUUGCUGGUCCCUGGAUGUUCAUUUAACAUUAACAGUUCUGAUCCCAGUUCUUAUGUCAGAGCCUCCUUCUCCCUCUCUUCUCCAAGUCAGAUUGAUCAGGGUUUCCGAAGAUUGGCUGACCUCAUUAAAGAAGCUGCGUGAUUUUAUUAAAUGAAAAAUCUCCAAGAAGCUAGAAGAUUUCAAAAUAAAACAACUUUAAAAAAAUAUGUUCCUCCAGCUGUAAAGAGUAUACAAUGAUACAGAAUAUAUGUGAUAAAGAAUGUUAUGCUCUUUUAAAAUGUACAUUAACAUCUCAAAACAUUGUAUGAAUAAGUGCAAAAACUUACCUAUUAAAUUAGGUUGCCACAAAACUUUACUCAGGGUGAAAUCACCAAAGUUUUAAAUACUUUUCUGAUUUCAUGGGGAUUCUCUUGUUUUGUCUUAGUAUUCUCCCUGAAACUUUAUACAGCACAUUUCAAAAUCAAGCUUAUUUGUGUGGAAUUGAUUUAAUUUCUGUUUCUUUUAAUAAUGUUCUGUAUCUUCUAAUACUCAUCAUGGUUCAUUCAGAAAAUCUUUAAAACUACUCUAUAUGUUGUAUUAAUAUAUUAUUUGAAGUUUUCUGCAAAUGGAAACUUAGAACUCAAGGAAACCAAUUUUUACAGAUAAGAAUGAGCAGAAUUUUAGAAUAGAUUCUCUAAUAUGAGCAACUUUAUUUUUGGCUCAUUUAAAUUAAAUAUUCCAUUCUAUAAUGGUGUGUAUCGCUUAUAAAUUAAAGGCCAUAUUUGAUGUUAUUAUAGUGAUUCUUUCACAGCAAUGUUUUCCAUGGAAAUCCUGAUUUCCUAUAGUUAAAAUUUUGAAUUAAGAAAGCACAUCUUCUUCAUUUCAAUGUGUAAAAUUCCAAUGUGUAAAAGAUAUUUUCUAUGGAUAUUUUAUAUUAUUUAUAAAAAUGAUAUUUAUAUUUUACUGAA